AUGUCGCAUAUAGAAGUGACAUCGCCAAAAGGGAAAAAUGAGCGGGAUGUAGUAGAAUCAGGCACAUUUGCAUUUACAGCAACAGAAUCAGGAGACUAUAAGACAUGUUUUUGGGCACCUUACCAUAACCCACCAACCAAAAUCUCUAUUGAUUUUGAUUGGAAAACUGGGGUGGAUGCUAGGGAUUGGUAUAACGUCGCUCGUAAAGGACAAACUGAUUUGUUGGAUACGGAGCUAAGACGAUUAUUUGACACUGUAAAAUCGAUUCAUGAAGAGAUGUUUUACCUACGCGAAAGAAAAGAAGAAAUGCAAGUAUUGAAUAAUUCAACAAAAUCAAAGAUGACAGUGUUUAGUAUGGUUUCAAUAAUUCUAGUUAUGUCUGUAGCACUACUGCAAAUCUACCAUCUUAAAGCCUAUUUCCAAAGGAAGAAGCUUCUUUAA